CGUACAGAAUAAAGAAUGUUAGUAAAGUAUUAAAUACAAUUUAUAAGUACUCCUCAAGUACCUUAAAGCCCAAAAUAUGUGAUUUGGAUGUCAAUCUUUAAUGACCAUUUAUUAGUGAGUUUAUGUAAUUUAAGUAGAAAAAAACCUUAAAGAUAUAGAACAAUGAAAUUGGAGUUAAAAAAUAACUUAUUUAAACACCUGAAAAAAUGUUGCAUUAAUAAUCCUUAAUUAGAGAAGAUAUAAACAAAGGUAGUUUUAAAUUCUUAUUUGUUCUUGGAAAAGGAGGAUUUGGAAAAGUUUGGAGAGUGGAACUCUGUAAAACUAGAAAGUAAUAUGCUAUGAA